AGUAAUGUCAGAAAAUGUAAACAAAACCACAAGUAGUGCUUUGAUUACCAUUUAAUUUUUGAUUUUCUGUUUUUAGUUAUUUGUAUCGUCGAAUAUUAAAAUAUACUUUGUGAAAUGAGUGCCCGUAACCGCGGCAAAGGAAAACGUGGAGGAGGCGCACACGGACAAUAUCGCAAUGUGAAAACCAAUCGCAAUUGCGAACGUCAAUUAGCGCAACGUGCCUGCGAUCUUGCUAGUGAUAAUAGUGAUAGCAGUUCCUCAUCCUCCGAUGCUGGUAUCGAUGGUAUGGGACAUCCACCAGACUUCCCAAUUGCUAUGUGGGAUCUGAAUCAUUGUGAUCCAAAGAAAUGCUCUGGACGAAAAUUGGCACGACUAGGUCUUAUUGAAAAUUUACGUUUGGGUCAAAAAUUUCCAGGUCUUGUUCUUACACCGGUUGGUGUAAAUUGUGUCAGCCCACUUGAUAAAGAUAUAGUUGGAGCGGCAGGUGUAGCAGUGGUGGAUUGUUCAUGGGCUAAACUUGAAGAGACACCCUUCAAUCGCAUGCGUAGCCCACAUCCACGCUUGCUGCCAUAUCUUGUAGCAGCUAAUCCCAUUAACUAUGGAAAACCCUGCAAAUUGAGUUGCGUUGAAGCAAUUGCAGCGACGCUCUAUAUUUGUGGCUACGUGGAUGAAGCGCAAUGGUAUAUGGGCAAGUUUUCAUGGGGACAUUCUUUCAUUGAACUGAAUGAAUCACUGCUAAAUAGUUAUGCUGAAUGUAAGACCAGUGAAGAGAUUGUACAGGUGCAAAAUGAAUACCUGGAAAAGGAGCAAGCUGCACAUAAUAAACCAAAAGAUUUUAGUGAAUUCUACCCAACGAGCAGUAGCAGCAGUGAUGAAGAGGAUGACGACAAAGAUAUAGAAAAUAAUUACGUUGAAACUAAUGUAAAGUGAGUUUCUUUUCCUCGCUGAAUUCUUUUAGUUAACUUAAAAGUAAACAAAUGAUAAAAUAACAAAAAAAAAACAUUUUUAAAUUUCUGUCUACUU